AUGGCGUCGCUCAAAUUGCUUACCAACCCAACUGCAAUCCUCUGCGUGCUGAUUUUCUCAGGAUUAACUGUGGCGUUGGCAUCUCGUGGCAAGGCGCUGGGAAUUCGUGGAGCCACACAAGAUGCUCAUGAAAUUCAUACCGAUUCCCUUGUCAGACACCGCACUCUGAGCGACUCCAUUCCAGCAGAGGUGUCAGAAGUUCCCUUCAACUCUCUUGCUGGCACUGGUGGCAUCUGGUCUCUUCUCCCGCCCUUCCUCCGCGUUCGUGGUGGCAACAGCUGUAAUGGUGGUGGCAGCAGCAGUGUUGGUGGGGAGGCGGCUGCUGCGGCGGCGGCAGCAGCAACGACAGUAACUGGGCGUAUUGGUGGGGAAGUGGGAGAGGCGGCGGAGAUGCUGAUAGGACGCGGUGGUGGUGGCUUUGGCAGCAACGGUGUUGGUGGGGAGGAGGGGGUGGCGGGAGCGGCGGCGGCGGCGGCGGGACGUGUUGGUGGGGAAGUGGGGGAGGCGGCGGAGAUUCUGACAGGACGCGCGUUUGUGUGUGAUGCCUCCUCUCCUCUCUCCCCCACUCGUCCUUUCACCCCUAUCCCUCCCCUUUCUCUCCCCCUGUCCCUCCCCCUUUCCCUCCAUUUUUGCUUACCCUAA